CCACUGUUUCCCGUUUUACGCACGGUCCAGACUGACGUUUCUGCGCUGUUCCAGUUAUGAUUGUUUUUCAAACAAAAAUACCUACCUUAGGUUAAAACAAACGUCAGUUUCAGUUCAUUCAAAUUGAUGGCUUAUAGGAUAGAAUUAUCCGAAUGAGGUGAUAUGAAGUGAAAUGGAGACGUUAUGGCCCUCCCUCUGUGGCGGGCAUGACGGCGUUGAAGUUAUCGGGUGGGAAAGAUCAAGGGUUCAAAUUUGGAGAUCAAGAUCAUCCCUGACGUUUUCGAGUAAAGUUAUUCCACUGGCAACCCAACAUCAACCGCUGGAACAUUGUAGACUUUGAAAUGAAAAUAAUGUGAAACAAGGGUAAUUAUGGCGCGGUCUGCACUGGCGCGGUCUGCACUUCUUUGCCUCUUGUGUCUUUCAGUGACUUGGAGCGCAUCUGGCAGGGAUUGCCUAGAUCCUGGGAAAACUACCAAGGAACACGCAUUCCAUGAUCCAGAGAUGGACACAUCGCCUUGGCACUCGACCAAUAUAAGUUGUAUUUCAGACUUAAGCCUACCCGGUCAUUUUACCUGUGCUUGGAAAUCGUCGCACAAGUCUAAUGAUACUUAUUCAAUCACGGUGACCAGCAAGCAAAAAAGCGGGCGCAUUAAAACCAAGAGUUAUGAAACUGGAGAUGUCUCCUGCGUGAUGCAUCUGCCGGGGAUGGAGGACAAUGUCACAGUAACCGUCAAGUCAUCCAGUAAUAAGACGUGGCAAAUUAACUUCACCAACAUGUUCACAACGGUGAAAUAUGGGCGGCCACAGUUGAGUGCCGAGGCCUAUGCCGAGGGAAUCAAAGCGAAGUGGACUGUUCCAGAUAGGGCCCCAUCAACAUUAUUAACAUGUGAACUUCAAGACAUCCAAGAACCUUCUAACAUAACGAGGGUGGUGAGUAAUAAUGUGACGUGUCCUCCGUGUUCCAUACACUUGAACUUGACUGAGGUGAGGCCCUGUGCCACCCUAGCAGUGCGCUGUCACGACAGGACCCAGGGGGCCCCUUGGAGCAACUGGAGCCCUGCCGUCAAAACCUCCCUCCCAAUAAGUGGCUCCAUUUCAGUGGACCUGUGGCGACAAGUGCUGAAGCCGGAUAAGAACGGCCACAGAGAAGUGCUGCUCAUGUGGAAGGGCCCACCCCAGGCCUGUGGCGUUGAUGAAUUCCAUGUUUUUGUUGACUCUGAACUCCGCAAGACAUUGGAGGCUUCUGAGGAACACACCUCUGUUAGCCUCACUGCUGCAGCCCAUGAGGUGACCCUCGCUUUGUUUAAAGAUGGCAGGCUCAUCACUGACAACGCGUCUGUGCUGAUUCCAAUGCUGGCUGAAGCUGCCGGUCCUCCAGUCUCAUCACCCACGGCGACCGUCAAACAUGGCCAAGUGGUGGUGUCCUGGAGCACUCCGGAUUCGCCGCGUUCGGCUGCCACCAGCUACGUGGUCAUGCGCCGCGCCAACCAAAGCCACCACAUGUGGCAGAAGACGGCGGACACAAGCAUUUCCUUUUAUGGUUCGCCACGGACACUGUACACCGUCAUGAUCACUCCGCUUUAUGGGAGAGUCCCAGGAAAUGAGAGCUUUCUCUAUGUGUAUACAGAGGAGGGGGAGCCAGCCCAGGUGUCUGGUGUGAAGGUGGAGGACGUAGAUGACCGCUCAGCCCGAGUGGAGUGGGACGCUGUGGGGCCGGAGCAGUGCUGUGGCCGCGUGCUCCACUACACCGUCUACUACACCACAGACGACGGCUCACAGCAACCAACACGCAAUGUAACACAGACAAGCAUGGGGAAUGGAGAAAGACACUCUGUUACGCUGACAGACCUGCAGCCUAACACUGCAUACCACAUUUAUGUCAUGGCCUCCUCAAUUGCUGGAUCCAGUACAAGCGCUCAAAACAACUUCAAAACAAGGCCAUUUGGGAAAAACUUCAUCGUGAAGUUGAUUUUGAUCGCAGUUGCAGCGUUGGUGGCUCUGAUUGUUACAUUGUCCAUAGUCAUCUGCAUGAAGACCCUGUUUAACAAACUGCCCAACCCCAGGCUGAGCUCGCUGGGAAAGUGGUCUCCCCAAGACCCCAAGAAGUCUGCCAGUCUCUGGGGAGUGACUCAGCCCAGUGACGGGAACAUGGCGUGUGACAUCUCCACCCUGGAGGACAUCUUGCCGCACCCCUCUCUUUCCAACUCCUCUGUCUCUGUAGAGUCGCAGCCCUUCAUCAAACAGCAGCAGCAGCAGCAGCAAGAGAGCCUUCAGUGGGAAGACAACUAUGAGAGUGUCCCUGUGAAGCCUCCAGGCACCUUACCGUGUACUACCACCCUGGAUGUCACUGCUGCAGGGUCCCUCUCCCGGCCUAGUGGACCUGAGCAGCCGGCCCUGCAGUGGACAGACGACUACGAGAGUGUACCAGCAGUACUGGCAAAUGGCUCACUGUCGCCACCUGCUGGUGAUGUUGCCAAUGGCACCGCCAUCACCAACGCCAGUAGAACUGACGAACGUCUUACCCCCGGAGGGGAUGGUUUUGACUGUAAAAACGUUCAGCCGCAGGACUGGGAGGUGUUUGACACUGACCUCGAUGAGAGUCCUCUGGAGCACGUUGAGAGCUAUAUCACCGUGGAGACGGGCCAAAAGCUGGCCCCCAACCCCACACUACUGAAUGUCGGCUCCUCAUUGGAGAAUAAGCUUACUGGUUCUGAGCAGAAACCCGGAGGGCAAAGUACCCUGCUGCUCAAUGAGCUGUCUUACCUUACGGUGAAUCAGUGCAGACCAAACAAGGUGGGAUUGUGAAGGAAAUCAUGACACAGCUAAUUAUUUCAUUGUAACGCAUCCAAUAUGUAGCAUUGACAGCUGUGGCCAAUGAGUGUUGGGGAAAAAACUCUAUGUGUAUUUGUGUGCGUGGGUGCAUGUGUGUUUAUAAGAGAAUGAAGUGCAUGUGAAUGUUUAACACAUUGAAGAUUGUUACCAAAGUCUAUGUGGCUGCCUGCCAACUUGGAAAACCUCGUGCUUGUUUAUCGUGUUUGUUAUUUAUGGUGAAUUUUUUGACAUGUUUGUGGCCAGGUUGUUUUCUUGCAAAAAUUGAGCUUUCAACUUCAGCAUAUUCUAACUACAUGACCACUUGCUUUUCAGCUUUGGCUGAUAUUGACUGAAAUUCUGUUUUCCGAGGCACUGGCUGCUAGACAAUGCAAAGCAGAAUAAAGAUGUAAAAAAAAAAAAGACAUUCCGAAUAGGGAAUGACCAAUUGUUCUUUCCCACUUGGCUUUGACUGCUUUGUGAAUUUUGUUUUAGCCCAUGAAGAAAAUCCAUGUGACUCAAUGUUUCUCAUCAUGAAAGACCUACCGCAAUGAACCUCAAUACAAAUCACAACUCUCUUCCAGUAAGUGCAAUUAGGUUUAGGUUCCUGUGAAAUCAUGCUCAACAUGUCCAUGAACUCCACAUGACUCAAAAAGGUGGAAUCUGGAAAGAGACAGAAUAUUUUCUAGAAUGGCCAUCAUGUUGCUAGUUUGCUAAAGAAUGACAAAAUGUAAACCUGUGUGCAGGCAUAGAUUGCACUAUCCUAUGUGUAUUUUAUACCGUGUUUACACAUACAGAAAUAGAAGGGCCUAUCUCUGACUGCUGUUUGCUGAAGUUUACGGUGAAGCGGCCUCUCUUGGCUAGAAGCUAGAGGAGAGAAUUUCGCCUGGCAAAGGAUGCAUUAACAGGAGAUCAGAGUUACAGUAGAAGUAAACGUGCUCUUAUGUAAUUACAACACUAGUAAUACACUAUAUUACAUGGUUUCAAAUUUGCAAUGUCAUACAACCAGGGCUCUAAA